AUGUUGCGUCUGCGUAUUUUCUUGCGUUUUCUUUUCUUUUCUCUGUUGAGCUCGUUAGUUGUUUUCUUCCUUUCUCGUAGUAAUGACUUCAGCGUUAUAGAAGAGGCAAAUGCUCAAUACUAUGGAUGGGGAGGAGGCCGUUGGGGUAGAGGACGCUAUGGGGGCUAUGGCUGGGGCUACCCGUAUUAUUCAGGCUAUUACUCUCCUCUUCUCUAUGGAUAUAGUACUUUAGGUCUGGGUAGUGGUUGGGGCAGCAGUUAUUAUUAUCCGUACAGCAGCCUCUACCCAUACUAUUCAGGUGGCUUCCGUUAUCUUGCACAUCUUCAGAAGAAGCAAAACCGCAACAGCAACAGCAACAGCAACAGCAACACAAACAUCAACGACAGCAACAGCAACAUCAGCAGCGAAAGCAGCAUUCCAAGAGAGUUAAGAUUUGUGCAAGGACAGGAAGCUGCUAGUGAAGAAGAAAUACCUCAACAGCACUUCGAUGGAGGAGCAAUUGAGGAGACAGAAGAAGUAGAUGAAGAUCUAAUAGCCCCUCAAAUAUUUCGCGACUUCUUCCUACCACUACUUGUAGAAGAAAUAGCAAUAAGAAAUGCAGAAAAAACAGAAGGCAAAGGAACGACAACAACAACUGUGUUUCCUAUACUAAAGGAGAGAGAGUUUGAACCCGAGAGAGAAGAGAGAGACAGUGAGAGGAUAACAACAACAACAACAACAACAACAGCGUCUCCUUCUCUGGUGCUUUUGAAAGAAGAAAAAGAUAAAUUAGAAGAAGAAAAGGAGAGAGAGAGAGAGGUAGCAAAAGAGACAGAGACAACAACUCUACCUCCUCUUCCAGCACUAGAGGAGAACAAAGCAGCAGCAGAGCCGCCGCUGUCUGCACCACACUCUCACUCGUUAAGGAUCCCAACUUCGUCAUCAACAAUACCACCUGCUGCAGCCCCAGCUGAAGUAGAGGAGAAGCAUUCUGAGGAGUAG